UGAAAUCGGUGGGUGUGGAGACGUGAAGUAGUGCUGCGGCGGAGUGCACGGGCUUGGAAAACCGGUUCACUGCAGUGUUUCUUUGUCGUCAACAAUGUUUCGUGCCACCACCGCCUCCUUGUGCACCUACUGCCAGAGAAUGAGGGUGUUCAUCCCUCCCCCUGCUGCCUCGUCCUCCACAGUAGCCUCUCCCAGCAAGAGACCCGAGAACCAGCACACAGUGGACUCGCUCUAUCACCUGUCAGUGGACAUCCGAAAGAUACGCAAGUUCAAGGGCUGGGUUCUGUCUGAGAGCCCCACGUACGUGACGGAAACGGCCAGCUUGCUGAGGGACAUGGGUGCAGAUGCCGCAGCGAUUGCUCGCGUCCUGGAGACUCACCCAGAGGCCAUGCUGUGUCGGCCGGAGGACGUGGCCGCCCAGCGGGACCUGUGGGUGUCUGUGUGCCCCAACAAGCGGGAACUGAUGAGCAUCAUUGAGAAGUUCCCGGCCUCCUUCUUCACACUAACUCACCAUGGCAACCAGCGAGCCAACAUCCAGUACCUCCACAGCCUGCGCCUCAACAAGCGAAUCAUUGGCAAGCUGAUGGCUAGCGCCCCGCAGAGCUUCAGCCGGCCUGUUGAACGCAACCAGGAGGUCAUCCACACGCUGAGGGAGACCUACCUGGACCUGGGAGGUGAUGAGGGCAACCUGCGGAUCUGGCUUCAGAAGCUCCUCAGCCAGAACCCGUACAUCCUGAUGCGGCCUGCCGAGGCCUGGAGGGACAGCCUGGGCUUUCUACGGGAGCAGGGCUUCACCACAGAGGAGCUGCUCAGCCUGGUCUCCAGCCUCAGGGCCUCAAUCGCAGAGCUGCAGCCAGAGGCCAUGGCCCAGGCGCUGGCCUACAUUGAGGAGGCUCUCAUGUGUUCAAAGGAAGAGCUCAAGGACAUCGUGAUCCGCUGUCCUGCUAUUUUGUACUACUCCCUGCCCACCCUGCUCGGACGGUUCCAGGGGUUGAUGGACGCCGGGGUGAGCAUGGAGCAAGUGAAGGAAACCCCCAAUGUCCUGGAGCUCACCACGCAGAUCGUGCUCUACCGCAUCCAGAAGUUGGCGUCCUACGGGUAUGACGUGCGCGGCGGCAGCCUGGAUGUUAUUGUGGGGACCAAAAAGGAUUUUGAGAUGAGCUACGGCAAGCUGCAUCUCAGGCAGCUGCGGCCGCUCUUCAACCCUGUAGCUCCUCUCAGAUCUGCAGAGGAGUGACUGUUUGGCCGAUCUGCAGUGAUCAUGCUUUUAUUGUGAAGACAAACUUUGAGCAAGCCAUUGUGAGGCACAAUGUGGGUGAAAGUAAGAAUAUGAGAUUGUGUGUUUUGUGACAACUUUGAAGAUAUCUAAGUAUUCAUAUGGCAUACCGGAAUAUAAUGCCAUGCAUCGAACCAGAGGCCUAUAGAAACAUCUUUUUUCAUAAACUCGGAUUCAAUUUUCAUGCACUGUACAUGGAACUGUUACUACUGUUAGUAACAGAGAGAUCACAGUAGCUGAACAUAUCAAGAGUGGAAAAAUAAAUUCCAGCUGAAAUUUUGCUGUGUCAUGAUAUUGCAGUGGUCAGUAUUAAAUCUGCAUUUCUUCUCAGUAGUUUGAUCUAUUAAAGUCAUCUAAGUACUAAAUGGGAAAAAACAAGAUUUCACAUACUUUUGUUUGAAUGAAUAAUGUACACUAUUAUUAUAUAAUGAACAAUGUCCAUCCUAAUCUUUAUUAGGCUUGCUGGGUUAUUUUCUGUAUGAAAACCAAAGGAUCAUUCAAACUGAUCUCAUUUCAACUACCAAUACUGUUGGACUGGAAGGCAGCCUGCCCUGGAAAUAUUGGUUUGCUCAUUUCCACACUGCAGCUCCAAAUAACAGACUGAGAGCAUUUUUUU